AUGCAGCUUCCCACGAUCUUGUCCUUGGCUCUUGCAGCCGCUUCUCUCAGCGUUUUCGUCCAGGGCCGCCCGCUCCCUUGUCCCGAUGCGAAGCGUGAUGAUAUCCUGAACGGCAAGGCCAACCCCGAGAUCUGCUGCUCCUACGGUAUCUGCAAAGGCGACGUCGUCGUCAGGAGCGGUUGA